AUGGAUGUAGAUACGCCAGUUGCAAAUACGCCAACCGUUCGGGCGAUAACCAAUGUGCCACGCAACGGGUCUGCCCCAGCGCCCCGAACGGUAGUUGCAACAGCAUCGGCUGCUGCUCCGGCAACCACGCCAGCAACCGCACCGGCAACAACGCCGGCACCUGUACCGGUAACCGCGCCUGCAGCGGUACCUGCAUCCGCGCCUCGUGGUGGCACCCGACCACCACCGAUCACAUCGAGGACUUCGGAGACCCGUCAGAUAAGGCCGCAUCACACGCUGCUAUAUAGCAGCGCGGCACGCGAAGUGAAUCGGCCACCCAUCCAGCGCGGCCGCAUACCCCGCUUCCAACCCGCAGCUCGUGGCGCACCCCAGCAAAGCGGAACCUCGUUGCGGCGUCGGCAGGCUGGACCACCACCUCGUCGGUCUACGGGGCUGAGCAGCGUUGUGGCAACACGUACAUACGAGUAUCAACCACAAGUAUCCCGUUUUGAAUUCGUUUCGCCAACACAAAGGGCAAACAUGGAUGCAGAAAACAUGGCCACUCCAACGCCAACAUUGCGAUCGGCCAUCAGUGUGCCCCGUCCAGUGGUUGCCCCAACACCGGCGCCUCGCGCAGUCACCGCAUCAGCACCGUCAACUGCAGCUCGUAAUGGCACACGAGCAGUGGCACCCACACCGUCACCACCAGCGGAGCCGCAUCGCACACGAUGCCCCCUUUGUCGCCGCCCCCAUCGACUGCAACACUGCGGGCUCUUCAAGGGCAUGUCACCCAUCCAGCGGCAGCAGGUUGCACAGGCGCAUGGGCAUUGCAACAAUUGUUUGGCACACACGCACGCGACGGAGGACUGUGACUCUGGGGCAUUGUGCAAAAUGUGUGGCAGGCAGCAUCACACGCUGCUCCACCGCACCCCAAGACGUGAGGUUGGUCGGCCACUUGCCACUCGCAGACCGCAGCAAUCCAGCCGUGUGGCACGACGACGAAGACCGCCACCACCUCCUGAGCCCCGUCUAUGGCGUCCGCGAAGCGCAGUACCCAUCAGGCGCCAUCGUCAACGGCCACACUAUCGGCGCAAGUCCGGACUUAGCAACGUUGUUGCAACGUUGCAACAACUCCAACGAUUGCUAGGCUGA